AUGUCCAACACCCAAUCCCCAAGCAAAAUAAAGCUGUACCCCGGCCUGGGAACCGACCCUCUGCACACCCCCAGCAGCAGCAGUCGACAUAGGUGGCCGUUGACCCCUUCCGCAGAAAACAAGAGUGUUCAAAGUCCCCAGUUUCUCUUGGUCUGGUGUAACAUACCCAUUACCCUGUCCCCCACCCCGCCUCACUUGCACAAUCCGAUAUCAAAGGCGGCAAAACAUGUGCCUGAACUGGAUCCACUAGGGAUCCCCCACCCACCCAUACCCCACCCAGGACAAAGACCCCCAAAGGCCACCCCUUGACAAUACCUCCAUUGCUACUCUGCUUCCCAGCUCGCGAUGCCCUUGCCGGUCUACAGUCGACCUCGACUCUGCCCUGUCACCAUCCACACCGGUCACCCACUCUCUGGGCAAUCUCGGAAGCGUGAAGGCCAGCAUCAGUUGUGGGAUCCUCAGUGUCAAGAACCCUCCAGAAUGCAGCAAUGUCUCCGCCAGGCUUCAGCACCACCGUCCUCGAUCCUCGGAAGGCAAGCAACUUGAACUGGUGCCCCCAGGCUAA